CGGUUUACAUUAAGCUUAAUACAGUUCUAGGAUUAGCUCAAGAUGUUUUCAAGAACAAAGUUGCUCAUUUCGUUGUUUAACGUGAUCUUUGUGUUUGGUGCAGAAGGGUUUAUAACCAAAUGCAAGCAAGAUGACAACACCUGCAUACUGACUUCAGCAAAAGCUGCGAUCGCCCACAUGAUUGCUGGUGAUCCUUCGCUGGGUGUGGAGGCUUUAGAUCCAAUCUUCACUGAGAAAAUUGAAGGCAACUUCACUACUCUGAACUUUGCGUUUUACAAAAGCUACCUUGCAGGCUUGAAAGACUGCGAUUUCACGAACGUCCAAAUAGACUUAGAAAAAACUAAAUUGCAUGUGGAUCUCUUAUGCCCUCACUUGGAUAUGAAAGGAGACUACAAUAUACAUGGUGUAUUGAUCACUCUGCCGGUUGAGGGCACAGGGACAUACAAUAUGAAAUAUAAAAAUACUAAAGUUGCAUUUGAUGGAACUUUAAACGCGGUUACGAGUCCUGAUGGAAACUCUCAUUUGCACAUCAAGAACUUUAAGCUGAAUCCUGAUGCAGGGGGAGUAGUAUUUGACUUCAAGAAUCUAUUUAACGGAGACAAAGAUUUAUCUGAUGCAGUCCACAAUUUUGCUAAUGAGAACUGGGCAGUUAUAGCAAAAGAAUUCCAACAACCCAUCUUCGACGAAAACUUCAAGCAAUUCGUGAAAGGCAUUAACAAGUAUUUAAAAACUAUUUCUAAAGAUAUAUAUUUACAAUAAAGUUAUUGAAAUCUG